UAAUUUUUUUAGAAUGCCUUAGAGGCUACUCGAUUAAUUUAAUGAGAUAACUGUUACAUCUCACUAGCAAUAUAUAUCAGAUACCAGUUAACUAUCCACUAAGGCUAUGUGUGACAAUAACUAUUCAUCAAGUCAAGGGCAGAUGGAAAUAAAUCACUAAUAGAUUUGAACUUGAAACUUCAUGAAUAUCUACUUAGUCCAUUGACCACUAGACCACGCCCUCAACGAUUAGAUUCUAUGAUUUCUAACAUUCUCUUUCCAUUUUCUGUUUGAUAAGAGAAACAGUUGAAAAGAGAACAGCAACAAAGUGCAGAAGCAGUUUCGGAUUUUGCAGGCUUUUUUUGUAUUUGAUCGACAGUAGCUUAUAACUGUUUCUUUCCCAAGUCAGAUGGCUUAUGCUGCUGUGAUUUCUCUCAAACGAACGUUGGAGCAACUCGUGCAGAGAAAACCACAUUGGAUAAAAGACGAAACAAGAAAAAUGGUGGACUUUAUCCUUGAUAGUCUUGAAUAUUUUCAUUACUUUCUUGAAUGCACUAGCAAGAGAAGGCAUCGCUGCGGAAAGGUUGAAGAGUUGGAGAGAGAGAUUAGAACUGCAGUUGAUGAAGCAGAGGAUGUGAUAGAACUACAGAUUUAUAAGAUGAAAGAACCGGUAAAAAGAAAGGCAACAAAGCUAUUGUGCCAAACCUUGUCUGAACUUGUAGAGAAGAUUGAUACUGUGAAGAGGAACGUCGCGAUGGGAAAUGAUUCUGAUACAAAUAAAGUUGAAGGCAAUGAGGAUCUGCGAGCGGAUGAUUCCUUGCCUUUUCAUCCAUCAAGAUAUGUUGGGAAACUGAUUCCAGAAAGUAUUAUUGUGGAUCUUGAAGAUGACCUCACGAAGAUCAUUAGAAGACUUAAAGGGCCAACAUCUACUCGAGAAGUUAUCCCCAUUUUGGGGAUGGGAGGGAUAGGCAAAACGACUCUUGCUAGAAAGGCAUAUGAUGAUCCUGAAAUUAGACAUCGUUUUGACAUCCGUGUUUGGGUGACAGUAUCUCAAGAAUAUCAAACUAGAGAUAUGUUGUUGGAUGUUCUUUGUUGUAUUUCUCAGCUAACACGUGAGAUUGAGAAAGAGAGUGAUGACCGGUUGAUGGACAUGAUACGCAAAAAGUUAAUGAAUAAAAGGUAUCUUGUAGUCAUGGAUGAUAUUUGGAGUAGCGAUGCCUGGGAUCUUAUGACAAGAACUUUUCCAGAAAACAACAACGGGAGUCGAAUAAUUUUGACUAGUAGGCUUAAAGAUAUGUCUACACAUGCUGACCCUGACAGCAUUCCUCAUGAGAUAAGCCUCUUGAAUUUAGACGAAAGUUGGAAGUUACUUCACGAUAAUCUGUUUGGGUUACAACAAGUAUGCCCUCCUGAACUAGAGUAUAUUGGGAAGCAAGUAUCACAAAAAUGUGGAGGACUACCUUUAGCUCUUUUAGUGGUUGCGGGGCAUCUCUCCAAAAUUGCUAGAACAACGGAGAGUUGGAAAGAUGUUGCCAAAAGUGUGAAUGAAGUUGUUACUAAUGAAUCAGAUAUAUGUCUAGGAGUGCUUGCUAUGAGUUACGGUUACUUACCUAAUCGCCUUAGACCGGAAGAUAAAGAGGUUGACAUUAAGAGAUUGAUAAACUUAUGGGAUUCAGAAGGUUUUAUAUCGGAAGAAGUGGGAAGGAAAUGUUUUGAGGAGCUUGUUAGCAGGAAUCUGAUAAUGGUUAGAAAGAGGCGAUCAAAUGGCGAGGCAAAAACAUGUUCUGACCAUGAUCUGGUUCGCGAGUUGAUCUUAAGAGAAGCUAAGAAAGAGAGGUUCUUGCAGGUUUCUAGAUAUCCUUCAGCAAAUAAGGUCCGCGUUCAUCUGCUUAAUUAUUAUGGUAAUUCUAUGAAAGAGAAGUUCAUGAAGUUUAGUAGAACAAAGAAUGCUACCAAUCCUUCAGCAAAGAAGCUUCAUGUUCAUCGCCACAGUUGCCAUUCAUAUUUUUAUGACCUUGAUUGUGUGGAGUCACCAUACAUGCGAACUAUGCACUUCUUCCAUGGAUUCAGUCGAGUUUCUGAUUUGCAGAGCUUCAAGCUGCUAAGGGUGUUGGCUAUAUUUCAUUUUUCAUUUCAGAAGUUUCCAAUUGAGAUAACAAAAUUAGUACAUCUCAGAUACCUGCAAUUCAACUGUCAUUCUCCGAACUUUAUAAUCUACAAACCUUCAUUUUUUGUCACCGAAGGUACCUUCAUGAUAAACCUCAAACUAUACCUGCGACAAUUUGGCGAAUGAAACAUUUAAGGCUUCUUCAUGUGACCGGAGAUGAUCUCCACCCGAGCUACUUUUCUUUCCCUAUUCCGUCAAGAGAAGUAAUUAUAUCUGGUUUCAAGCUAGAACAUCUUGAGGCACUUUCAUGUAUAUGUCUAUCUAGCUGUACUUCCGAAUUGUUUUCUGCUAUUCCGAAUCUUAAGAAGCUGAAAAUCCAUGAGGAAGAUUUGACAAUAUACGAGGGAGAGAAGAUGUCUCAGCGCCUAAAUAGCCUUUCCUGUUUGAAACAACUCGAUACAUUGAAAUUCAGGUGCAAACGAAUAUACAUUCCCCGCAUCCCAAGUAAGUACAUUUGGCCUACAUCUCUGAAGAGGUUGACUUUACAAUAUACCUAUUUACCGUGGGAAGACAUGGAAAAUAUCAGAAUGUUGCCAAACCUCGAAGUUCUUAAAAUUAAAGAGAAUGGAUUUGAUGGUGAUGUAUGGAGAUUAAACGAUGAAGAGAAUUUCAAUCAACUAAAGUUCCUUCAUAUGGAGAGCAUAGUUCUGAAGCACUGGGAAGUUUGUAGUGUUAACUUUCCAAAUCUGGAAGGCUUAGUUCUGAAAAGAUGCUACCGUCUAGAGGAAGUCCCUAAAGACUUCGGGGAAAUUUAUACGUUAGAGUCAAUAGAGUUGCAUGAGUGCAGUAUUUCUGCUGCAAAUUCAAGAAGAGCAAGAGAGCAUGGGGAAUGACUGCCUUAGUGUCAUCAUUGAUAAUUGUCGGUUUUGAUGUUAAGUUCAAGAAGAUGGUCAUGCUAGUUAAGAGAAAAUGAUGUGCCAAGGUAGAUAGGUAAAGAGAAUUAUGUGUAUAUACUGUGUGUCUAAUACCCUUGAUUUCGUCGUAUGUUUACUUUUUCAUAUUUGGGUAAAGUUCUUAGUUAUGCCAUUGCCUGUAAACUCUGAAGAUGGAGGGAGAUCAGUUGUAACUUGUUCAUGAGCAAAUGAAAGUUUCUUUUCUGUUA